AUGGUGUUUGCUGUUUCUACCACUGCCACUGAGGGCGCCCCAAAAACCCUAACUGUUCGGGAGGUCUACCAGCCUCCUUCAGCAAGUCGCAGCAAUGGACGCGUUGCGCCAAUUAAACAUGACAGUCAGGUAGACUUCGGAGCGGAGGUAUACGGUAUCGAUCUCAACAACUUCACUUCAGCUGAUUUCAAGCUCAUCUCCGAUGCCCUCCACCGUCACAAGCUGCUUGUAUUCAAAGAGCAGCCGGAGAUGUUGACACCUCAACAGCAAUACCGUUUGACUUCGUGUUUUGACCCCGACGAAAAGACGGGAGGCUUCGCCCACGGCGCCGACCCAGUCCUUUUCUCUGACAAGAAAGUCACGAUAUAUGGUCUCCCCAAUCGACCAGCCAUCAACGCUCAACCCCAGGUGCACAUUUUGGGGCGCGGCGAAGUUCCCAAGGAUCAUUUUGAUUUCCCACCAGGAUUCAAAGUGAAAGGGAUUGACCACGUCGACUUCCACCUUCCACCACACACCCCGCAGGAGGAAAGAGAUGCGGGAUCCAGUCGCUUCUACCAAUGGCACUGGGAUGGAUCCCUCUAUAAGAUUCCUCCACCGCGUGUAGGUUGUCUUCUGGCCGUGCGCACGCCCAAGGGCCCAGAUGUCACUGUGCACUGGGGCGAUGGGACGGGAAGAACGAUGAAUAUUGCGCCAGGGGCAACGGCGAUGGUCGCUGGGUCAAGGGCACUGCAAGUCUUAGAUCCGGAGUUGCGCGAGAUCGUCCUCAACAGUCGUAUUGAGUACGCGCCGCACGCAUUCCAGUGGAUGUCAACGGCGCGUAGCACUCAGCUUGGCCACCUUAUCGAAACCGAGGGCCGGGAAAUGCCGCUAGACAAGCUUUCACCGUGGACGGAGGAUGAGAUCUGUGUCUAUCCCAUGGUUUGGACUAAUCCUGUGACCGGGGAGAAGUCACUGCAGGUCCACGGCCAGGGAGCAUUCAAGCUGUAUCUGAAAAACAAACCCGAUGGCGAAGAAACUGUUGUAACGGAUUUGAAAGAAGUUCGCGCUUUUAUGGACAAAAUCAUGAGCCCCGUUUUGUCCCCGGAAAAUAUUUACGCGCAUCCUCAUCAGGAGCAGGAUGUCAUUCUUUGGUACAACCGGGCACUGUGGCAUAGCAUCACUGAGUUCCCAGAGUCGUAUGGGCCGAGGAUUAUGCAUCAGUGCAAUGUUGCAGCUUCAGAUCAUCCUUCGAUGUAG